UCCGUCGAUUUACAGCGUAGACUUUCCUCUAUGAGUGAUAAAUCGGAUUAGUUUUUGAUCUACAGUUCUCUGCGAAACUUUGGACUUUGCUUUAUGGAGUAGUGUUUGUUCAAACUUCAAGAGUAAAGUAAACGCAAAGUAGAUAACUUUCCACGACGCGUACUCUUCGAUUCUCGUGAUAGUAAUUCUCUUCCAAACCAAAACAGUCUGCAGCGCUGUGAACUUGUCUUUUUGUGGUAUACUACGCAAAAUUACGUCAUCGAUCCUUGAAGCAGUUUCUGUCAGUUCAUUGUGGAGCAGUCAACGAGUACAUUUUGCUGCUAUCGCGUAUUUCACGGGCGUCACUUUAUUUUUAUUGAUCCUUCCGCAUCCGCUUUGUCCUUAAUGCAUCUUUUUUAUCGCCACACUAUUCCCUGUUGACAUAUUCGUUGCUCCACUCCAUUAGUCGACGGCAUUUUCCUGGACAGGACAGUGGGAGUUUAUUUCUGGGAAUAAUUUCUUGCUCUUCUCGUAUCUAUCAGCAAGAUGUCUACCGCUGCACGACGAAGACUUUUAACAGAUUUUAAGAAACUCCAGGAAGAUUCUCCUCCAGGGGUGAGUGCUGCACCUACGGAGAACAAUAUAAUGAUCUGGAAUGCUGUGAUAUUUGGGCCUGCUGAUACUCCGUUUGAAGAUGGAACGUUCAAGUUGGUCCUACAGUUUACGGAAGAAUAUCCAAAUAAACCGCCUUUAGUGCGAUUUGUUUCCAAAAUGUUUCAUCCAAAUGUUUAUGCGGAUGGAGGAAUUUGCCUUGAUAUUUUACAAAACCGAUGGAGUCCUACCUACGAUGUGGCUGCAAUUUUGACUUCUAUACAGUCCUUGCUGGAUGAACCAAAUCCGAACAGUCCAGCUAACAGCCUUGCCGCGCAAUUAUACCAAGAAAACCGUCGGGAGUAUGAGAAAAGGGUCAUGGCCAUCGUAGAACAGUCCUGGGUGGGGUUCGGUGAGGAGGAGGAAGGAAAAGAGCAAACGAAAGCAUGAAUUCGGCAUUUGCAUGGGACGGUGCGAUGGACUUCUUUUUUCUACGAUGUUAUGGUAACGGUUUCACAUAGUUGUCGGCACAGUUUUUCUCUCUUGAAACUGAAUUAUCUCUUGGAUGCGUUCUGACCUUUUUGAUACCGGCUGCGAGUAUUGAUAUUGUGAUGCUGAUCGGACAACUCUCUGGAUGUAGAUGAUGCUGAACUGUAUAUAGCCUUUGUGAUUGUGGAGUUCUGCUGGCGUAUUGUAUAACAGUAUCUACGAGUUUCCUGUUCACUUUUUGACAACUGGGAUGAAAAUUCCGCGUAUGUUACGUCAUAGCGAGUUGUAGAAGAAUUCGUCUCAGCUGCAUCGGAUAAUGAUAUAAAACGUGAUUAUGUUUAAAA